AUGGAGUGCGGAAAGAGCUUCUCUUUCCAUGCAAAACUUAGAACACACCAGCGGACUCACAGAGAGAGAAAACGUUUUACGUGCAGGGAGUGCGGGAAGAACUUCAGUCAGAGUGGACACUUUAAAUUGCACAAAGGGACUCACACAGAGGAGAAACCAUAUGAAUGCAUGGAGUGUGGAAAGACCUUCAGUCAGAGUGGAGACCUUAGAUAUCAUCAACGGACUCAUACAGGGGAGAAACCAUAUGAAUGUAUGGAGUGUGGAAAGAGCUUUAGUGAUAAUGGAAACCUUAGAAAACAUCAGCGGACUCACACAGGGGAGAAACCAUUUCAAUGUAUGGAGUGUGGAAAGAGCUUUAGUGAUAAUGGAAACCUUAGAAAACAUCAGCGGACUCACACAGGGGAGAAACCAUUUCAAUGUAUGGAGUGUGAGAAGAGUUUUAGUAAUAGUGGAUGCCUUAGGAAACAUCAACGGACUCACACAAGGGAGAAACCAUUUAAAUGCAUGGAGUGUGGAAAGCGCUUCAGUCAGAGUGGAGACCUUAGAAAUCAUCAACGGACUCACACAGGGGAGAAACCAUUCAAAUGUAUGGAGUGUGAAAAGAGCUUUAGUUAUAGUGGAAUCCUUAGACAACACCAACGGACUCACACAGGGGAGAAACCAUUUCAAUGUAUGGAGUGUGGAAAGGACUUCAGUCAGAAUGGAAACCUUAGAUCACAUCAACGGACUCACACAGGGGAAAAACCUUUUAAAUGUAUAGAGUGUGGAAAGAGUUUCCGUUGUAAUACAAGCCUUAGAUCACAUCAACGGACUCACACAGGGGAGAAACCAUUUAAAUGCAUGGAGUGUGAAAAGAGCUUUAAUGUUAAUGGAAACCUUAGAAAACAUCAACGGACUCACACAUGA